GAUGAAAACCCCUGUAAACUCAAUCUGCUUGGCUCACUUUGUGGAAAAUUUUCCACGGGACGUGUGGUCUAAGCCUUGGUUUCCCUGUGAAUCCUGAGAUGACACCAGGUGCCUAUCACAAGAUGGCGCCAAUGAGCUAUAGAAGAUGGUAGUGUAGCUGGGACCUCCGAUCUUUUCUCCCACCUCUUCUCCUCAAACCUCAUCUCUCCUGCUUCCAGCUUCCACUCAACAAGGCAGAAAACAAUUCAUGCUAUUAUUGCUGGGAAAGGAAAAGAUUAAUGAUGGAUGUUUCUUCAGAAGCCAGCACUGACUGGAAGGAAGCAUGCAUUCUCCUAAAACAGGAAUAGAGUUUGCUGAGUGUACUCUGGGGCCCCUCCCUCCUGCUGCCAGCUCCUUUUUCUGGGUGACUGCCCGGAAGGCCUCUGCCCGGGAGGCCUCUGCCCUGGGGUUUCAUCUUCUUCCCCUCUCCCGGGGAGCCUGCAUCCUAGGUGGGAGGCGGUUAAGGCUUCUGGCUGCUCUGCCAUAGGGCCAUCUGUGUUUGAUCAGUCCAGGCAGAAAGGAGCGGGUGGGGGCUGUAUGGAGACUGUGAAAGCAUUCCAGAGUAGUGAGUGAGAGAGACCCGAGAUCCAGAAAGAGAGAAAGCACCGCCCCCACCCCGCCUCCAAAGCUAAGCAGCGGGCUUGAGUGGAAAAGGCACAGGACCUCACACUCUACUCCGGCCCCGUUCUCCUGCUGCCAUGGGGCCCCGCACGCCUCUUGUCACCUUGUUCCUUUUGUCAUGGCUGCAACCCCUUCAAGGACAGCAGCACCACCUUGUGGAGUACAUGGAACGCCGACUAGCUGCCUUGGAGGAACGGCUGGCCCAGUGCCAGGACCAAAGUAGCCGGCAUGCCGCUGAGCUGAGAGAUUUCAAAAACAAGAUGCUGCCGCUGCUGGAGGUGGCCGAGAAGGAGCGCGAGGCUCUCAGGACCGAGGCUGACAGCAUUUCGGGGAGAGUGGACCGUCUGGAGCGGGAGGUUGACUAUCUGGAGACCCAGAACCCAGCUCUACCCUGUGUGGAAGUUGAUGAGAAGGUGACCGGAGGCCCUGGGAUCAAAGGCAAGGGCAGAAGAAACGAGAAGUACGAUAUGCUGACAGACUGUGGCUACACCAUCUCUCAGGUGAGAUCAAUGAAGAUCCUGAAGCGGUUUGGUGGCCCAGCUGGUCUAUGGACCAAGGAUCCAAUGGGGCCGACAGAGAAGAUCUAUGUAUUAGAUGGGACACAGAAUGACACAGCCUUUGUCUUCCCAAGGCUGCGGGACUUCACCCUUACCAUGGCUGCCCGGAAAGCUUCCCGGGUCCGGGUGCCCUUCCCCUGGGUAGGCACAGGGCAGCUGGUGUAUGGUGGCUUUCUUUAUUACGCCCGGAGGCCUCCUGGAGGACCUGGAGGGGGAGGUGAGCUGGAGAACACUUUGCAGCUCAUCAAAUUCCACUUGGCAAACCGGACCGUGGUGGACAGCUCGGUAUUCCCAGCGGAGGGUUUGAUCCCCCCGUAUGGGCUGACAGCAGACACAUACAUCGACCUGGCUGCUGACGAGGAGGGCCUUUGGGCUGUCUAUGCCACUCGGGAAGAUGACAGGCACUUGUGCCUGGCCAAGUUAGACCCUCAGACCCUGGACACCGAGCAGCAGUGGGACACCCCAUGUCCCAGAGAGAAUGCCGAGGCUGCCUUUGUCAUCUGUGGGACCCUGUACGUUGUCUAUAACACCCGCCCUGCCAGCCGCGCCCGCAUCCAGUGCUCCUUUGAUGCCAGCGGCACCCUGACCCCCGAAAGGGCGGCACUCCCGUAUUUCCCCCGCCGAUAUGGGGCCCAUGCCAGCCUCCGUUACAACCCCCGGGAGCGCCAGCUCUACGCCUGGGAUGAUGGCUACCAGAUUGUCUAUAAGCUGGAGAUGAGAAGGAAAGAGGAAGAAGUCUGAGCACCUAGCUCUGGUGGUUGAAUCUCCCUCACCUCUACACAUUUCUGUCCCCACAACAUUUCCUGCUCCUCAUGUGGGCAACUUGCAGUUUGGGGCCCAUAAACGCAGCCAAUGGAAGCCAAAUUCUCAUAGCCCCUCCGUUUCCUGUGGGACCUUAGAUGUCGAGAGAUCUUUUCGGAGCUGAAAGAGAGACAACCCUAAGUGUCGCUCCCCUCCUGCCCCCUGGCAAUGAAUUUCAGGCCAAAGGCCACGCAGACCCAGAGUGCUGACCCUCCUUUGGGGGCAGCCCCAGCAAACGGGCAACAGAAUAUUUCUUGCCUCAGUGCAAGUCCGGUGGAGGGAGAGAGUUCUAGGAGGAGGAGACUUUGGCUCUCUGCCCUUUCCCUUUAGUGCCCCGGAGAAUGGGGGCUUUCUCCACAUCAUUUUGUAUUGCAAGGUUUUGCAUUAAAAGGAAAAUCCACUGCUC